UGAACUGCUUGAGAUGAAUACAAAUAGUGACAAGCUAAAACAGACAUACAAUGUGCUUCUUGAAUUCAAGCUGGUCUUGUCAAAGGCAGGUCACAUCCUUGCUUCUUCUCACAGCCAUGCAACUUCAGCUGAGCAUGAGCUAGAUGAAAACAUAUAUGACAAUGGAAUACAUGAGGGAAAUGCCUAUCUGCUCGAACAGGGAGUGCAUCAAGGAGCACAUGGACAUUCUGGAGUGAGAUUCGUUAGUGCAAUAAUAUUAAAGUCGAAGGCACUUGCUUUUGAGCGGAUGCUUUUUCGAGCUACAAGAGGAAACAUGUUAUUCAAUCAGGCAUCUGCAGGGGAACCUGUAACUGAUCCCAUAUCUGGUGAAGAGGUAGAGAAAGUUGUUUUUGUAGUUUUCUUUUCUGGGGAACAAGCAAAAGCAAAGAUACUAAAAACUAGGGUGUGUUGA